CGCUAGUAUGUUGAUAACAAAUCCAUUACCAAGAGUGUUGAGUGUUAAUUCCUAUGGUUUCGUAUUUUAAAUUCUUUUAUCGAAAUUUUGCAAAUAUUUUAAAGUAAACCUGUCUUUCAAAAUGUAAAUAUUAAGGUAAGUAAAAUAUAAUGGUACAUACAUUUUGUAUUAUUUAAUUAUAGUUUUAUUUUAUGAUGCAUUUAUAAAUGAUGGUAUCAAUGGUAGACAAUACAAUACUAUUGUUAAAUGCAUGGUAAUUAGUCACUAAUUUUAUAAUUUGUAUUUUGUAGUGUCCAAUAUUUUAGCCACCCAAGGACCAGAUUGAAUUCGGUAUGUUCUGUUUGGAUUUGUUUAGUAUAAUAAAAUUAAAAGAAUAUUAGUAUCUAGUAUAAUAAUAUUCUAACCUAAUUAUUUAAUAGAUCUUUUUAUAUUUGUUUUAAAUAUUUUCAUUAUUUUCAGAACUAUUGGCUGACAAUGGUAGAAACAUUAAAUUCUACACGUUAUAUCCUUAACAAACAAAGAAAAGUUAACUGGCAAUAUGAUUUCAAGAAUAAACAAGACCAAAAAAGUAUGUUUUUUUUUUCUAUAUUAUAAUAAAUAAUUUUGUUAAAAAUUUUUAUUAUAUUAUAACAAAAACUUAUUGUUACAUGUAAUUCAUGUAUACCUAAUUUUUAUUUUAGCUAACAUAUUUCAUAUUUUGCAUGUAUGUAUCACAUUUGUUUGCAUUUAUAACUUAUCUUAUCUAUUAUGUACUCAAGUUUUUUUUCACAAUUAGAUUUAUUUUAACUAAAACUAAAUGUUAAAAUAUUUAGUCAUAUUUUAAAGUAGACAUGUUAUCUUUUUUAUUAAUAAAUAGUAUUAAAUUAAAAACUUAAAAUUGUGUAUUGUAGAAAAUAUACCUAUUGUAAUGACCUUUUUUGUUGAUUUAACCUAAAUUUUCAAUUUCUUAAUUCAUUUAGCUGUGUGCAUUGUAUAACAUAUUAAAAGUAUUAUUAAUAAUUUUAUAUAAUGCACAUAAAUUAUUAACCAACUACUUAUCUAAAAUAAACAUUAAUAUAACUUAUUACAUAUAAUUAUUUAUUUAUCAAUUAUUUUUUUUACCUAUAUUAUUUCCUCCUACUAAAUCAGAUUUCAUUAAUACAGUUUUAAAUGUAAAAUUUGAAAAUAUUAGUAAUUUGUUUUGAAAUUAGCAUUUCAUAUUUUUAAUAUUAGUUCUAAAAAAUUUGUAUUUAAAGAAAAUUUCAGUUUCAUGUGUACAAAUAUUGUAUUCUUAUUUUAUAUGCAUUCACUUAAAACAGUACCCUUUUUAUAUUUAUAAAUAAAAUAUAUUCAUUAUUAUAUUUAAUCUUCAUAGAGUCAAGCUCGGAGUUGGGUUGAAGCUUCAUUUCAAAAACGGGAUUGCAUAACAUUUAUACCAACCACUUUCGAUAAAACUAGGUAAUAUUUCAACACUAAUAAGAUUCCAUUACCUAUCAAAAUAAAAUAAUUUUAAUGGUUUCAGAUGUAGUUGUGGACUUUCCUUAACAUUCCAUUGUGGAGGAGGUAGUGGCUCUGUCCAGUUAGAUCCUGACAAUCCUAAUGAAACAUGGUCUUCCAUGAAACACACUGUACUUUCAGCAACAGAUGCUUAUGGAACGAUCGAAUUUCAAGGUGGACCUCAUCCUACUAAAGCACAGGUAAACUGCAAUAGAUUAAUAAUUCAAAGGUUUUUUUUUCUUUGAAAACUUAAGAAACUGUUUUUUGUAGUAUGUAAGGUUAUCACAUGACACUCGACCAGAAAUAAUAUUGCAUCUAUUUACUCGAGAAUGGGGUCUAGAAUUACCAAAAUUAUUGAUAACUAUACAAGGUGGAAAAGCAAAUUUCGAAAUACAGCCAAAAUUAAAGAAAGUGUUACGUAAAGGAUUAUUGAAAGCAGCAAAAACAACUGGUGCUUGGGUAUUUACUGGUGGAACAAACACUGGUAAUUUUUAGUAUUUAUUUUAUAUAUAAUUAAUAAUAUAUAUUAAAGAUUAUUUUGUAUUUAGGUGUUACUCGUCAAGUAGGGGAUGCACUUUUGCUUGAUUCACAACGCCCAGGUAGAGUUGUAUCCAUAGGAAUAGCACCAUGGGGUAUUAUUGAAAACAAUCAUGAACUCAUUGGUCAUAACAGGGAUGUUCCUUAUCAUUCUAUAUCAUCACCCAGAUCAAAAUUAGCUGUGUUGAAUAAUAGGCACACUUACUUUCUCUUGGUAGAUAAUGGUACAUCGGGACGUUAUGGGGCAGAAAUUGAAUUACGUAAAAAAUUAGAAAAAUACAUUUCACUUCAAAAACUUCAUCCAAGUAUUUUAUAUAUAGAUUUUCACUUUUAAAAGUGGAUUAUUUUAUUUUAAUUUUAUAUUGUUCCAGGUGCACAUUAUAGUACACCUGUUGUCAGUCUAGUAAUUGAAGGAGGUACUCAUACAAUAAGAGCAGUAUUAGAAUAUGUAACUGAUACUCCACCAGUACCAGUGGUUGUAUGUGAUGGUUCGGGCAGAGCAGCUGAUUUGUUAGCAUUCACACACAAGUAAAAACUUAACAUCGCUUAAAAUUGAUUUAAUUGCUUUUUAAGUGUUAGUAAUUAGACAAAAAUGAAAAAGGUGGCUAUACCUUUUGAAUCAGAUAUGCGAUGGACACUGGCGAACUAACUGUUUUGGAAAAUAUGAAAGAUUAUCUACUAAAUACUAUUCAAUGCACAUUUGAUGUCGACCAAGAGAAAGCUGAAAGAUUAUAUGAAGAACUUCUAGAGUGUACUCGCCAUAAGCAUAUGGUAUUUAAUAAUUUUCAAAAACCUAAUUUUAUGAGUACUUAUUAUAAUUAUAUUAUUUAUUAAAUAUAUUACACAUAUAUUUGAUUUCUUAAAAAUAAUAGAUUACAGUUUUUCGAAUGAGCGAUGGACAAGAUAAAGCCCAUGAAUUAGAUCAAACAAUAUUAACAGCAUUAUUUAAAAGUCAACAUUUAUCUCCAUCAGAACAAUUAAGUCUAGCAUUGACUUGGAAUCGUGUCGACAUAGCUAGAUCUGAAAUAUUUGUGUAUGGGCAAGAGUGGCCUGAAGGUAAGUAUCAUCUGAAACAUCAAGGAUUAUUAUUUUAAAUUAGAUUUUUGUACUAAUAAAUAUUGAUGUAUUAUACUAAUAGGUGCUUUAGAAGAAUCUAUGAUGCAAGCUUUAGGGCAUGAUCGAAUUGAUUUUGUAAAAUUGUUACUAGAAAACGGUGUUAGUAUGAAGAAAUUUUUAACCAUUUCUAGGUUGGAAGAAUUAUACAACACUGUAAGUGAAAAAAAUAAUCAUAAUUGAGUGUACAAUGUAUCCUCACUGUUCAGUUUUUUCUAAUACUAUAAGUCUUAACUUAUAUUAUUUUACAUAUAUCAAUUUUACUUAAAUUGAUUGUGUUAUUUUUAUAUAAUCAUUAUUUUUUUCAAUUUUUCAGACACUUAUUGAAAAUUUAUGUUUGAUAAUUGAUAUUAUUUCAUUAUAGUGUCCCUAUACUAAUUAUUUUUUAAGUUAUAAAAUAGUAUAGAUAAUGAACUAUAAAAUUCUAAAUUAAAUUUAAACUUCUACUGUUUUUGACUAACAAAAUAUUGCAGAUAAUUCUCACAUUUAUACAUAGGCGUGUACUUAAAUAAUUCAGGUACAAGCUAUUAUCUAAUUUCAGAUUGACUAGUCAAUGCCAAAUUAAACACAAUAGUAGUAAUUUUGUAUUUAAAUGUAAAGCAAUUGUAUUGCACCAAAAUGUUGAAUAAUAGAUCAGUUUACAUAAAUAUAAUUUUAAACUACGUUUCUUUAUUUUUAAAUACUUAUUUAAUAUAAUAUAUAAUAUACAAUGGUAAUAAAAACUGUUUUACAGCAUGGAUUACAUUUCUGAAACCAAAUUCAAUUUAGUAAUAAUAUUAAGUUACUUAAAUUGAUUCUACACAUUUCCAUUAUUUUUACAUUACACAAACUUUUAUUUAUUUAUUUUUAGAAACAAGGUCCAACUAAUACAUUGGGAUAUAUACUAAGGGAUGUCCGUCCACAUAUUCCUCAAGGUUAUAUGUAUACAUUGCAUGACAUUGGAUUAGUAAUAAAUAAAUUAAUGGGUGGUGCAUACAGGUAAAACAAUUAACUAAAUACAUUUUUUGUUUUAAUAUUUUGUAUUUUAUUUUGGUUAAAAUUCUAUAAAUAGAGCUCAAUAUACCAGACGUAAAUUUCGUACAAUGUAUGCGCAUUCACGCCGUUUAAACAAUAUGCACAGAAACAGUGCUUCAUUCACUCGUUACUAUGGGAACAAUUUAACAUUGGGAGUUUUAGCUGAUUCAGAACAUUCUGAAGAGGAAACGCUUUUUGAUUAUCCAUUUAAUGAAUUAUUAGUACGUAUUAAUUAGGUACUUAAAUUUAAAUGUGUGUUGUUUUAUGGACCAAAUGAUAAAAUAAUAUAUUAUAUGAUCAUUUCUUCAUUACAUUCAUACUUACAUUGAUUUGUUUAAAGUCAACAGACUAAAAAUAUUAUUAAUUUAGUAAUGCAAUUAAUUAUUGGCUAAUGUUAUUAGAUUGUUUACCAUACAAAAUUUAAAAACCAGCUACUUCGUUUUGUCUUGAAAUAUAAUUUAAAAAAAAAAAAAUAUUGUACAUAAUAUGUUGAUCAUUUUCUAAAUUUCAUUUAUUUAGCUAAUUUUAAAUCAAAAGAGUUUAAUAACCUAGAUACCAGAUACAAAAAAAAAAAAACAAAUAUAGUUCAGACAUUGGUUGUUGGAUAUUUAGUUUAACUUGUUUCACCUUGACCUAAGUCAAUUAAUUAUUAAAAUAUUAUAAUACAACUAUAUUACACAAAUUAUUGUGUUUAAAAAUAAUGGAUAAAGAUUUUUAAAAUUAAUUGAUUUUAUAUAAUUUGUAAGACUGUAAAAUAAGAUUUUUGUUUUCUAAAAAAUUACUUGGAAGUAUGUAUUAAUAUUAAUAUUAACAUAUUAAUGGUUUCACUAGAAUCUAUAGAGUGUCACAUUUUAAUUAAUUAUUUCUCCUAGGGACUUAUAUUUGAAUUUUGGACUUAAAUUUAUUUAUUUUUUGUUCUAUUAUUAAUGUGGAAAAAAAUGGAUUUAUAUUUUUUAUUAUUAUUUAAUUUUGUCUUCAUGUGUAACAUUAUGACAGAGUUCUACUAAUCACAUUUUUUUUUUUAUAUAUAUAAGAGCCCUUUUGUUUUAUUUGCCUAGCAAUAAAUUAACUUGCAAAUAAUUGAGAUAAGAAGGUACCAACAAUCCUGUAUUAUUAAAUAUUGAAAUAAAUAAUUAAAAACAGCCAACGACUAACACCAUAACACCAAAUCCCAGUAGUGAAUGAGGGGCAGAAAACAUAAAACUUGUUUUUUAAUUUCUUGAAUAACCUACCCUAAAGACAUUCAAAUAAUUAAAUUUAAAUACUAAUAUGCAACUAUGUUAAUUUCUUUCUGAAAAUUCUUAUUCAAUUUUCAUUUUUUAUUCUGGUGAAUAAAUAAUUUAUACAUUUUAUAAUCUUAAAAUUAUACAUGCUGAGUUUAAUUUAAAUUGCCCCUAAUAAUAUUUGAAUUGUUAGUAAGUUUAGUAGACCAUAUUUUAAUGAAUAUUAGGAUGGCGCAAGGGUAAGAUCAGUUUUAAUAUAGUAAAAGAUGUAAGACUGGAUGUUCUUCCUAAGCCUAACAUUUCUUAAAAUCAUAGGGCUAAUAUAUCUCCAAACAGAAUAUUUUUUGGUUUUAAGCAAUGGCCAAAUUUUUUAAGGUAGCAUAUAAUUAGUGAUUAUCAGAUUUUAAAUCUAUGUAAUGUAAUCGAGACUACAUAUCAAAUUUUAUACCAUUAUUAUCUUCCGUGGAGUGAUGGAAAAGUUAUUAAUCAUCUGUAAAAACUUUUUAAGGAAUUUGUAAUUUGUGAUUAUGUCUUUGGUACCCACACUUACUUACACCUUAGGAAUUCAUGGUUUAUUUUAAACUUAGUUACAGAUUGAUACUAUCCCACUUAUUUUAGUCUAGUGAAACAAUAGGAAUUUCGAAAAUAAAUAUUUUGUCAAGUCAACUAUUAAAUUUUAGAUUUAGAAUAUAACAAGGAACUAAUUUUAUUAUGUGUGUAUUUGAAUUUUUUUUAUUUUCUAUUUAUACAUUUUGAGCAACUUUUCAUUAUUAGUCAUAAUUAGUGGUCAAGAAGAAAAAGUUGAGUUCAAUGUAAUAUUAUUUUUUUAAGAGUUUUAAUAUCACAUUUUUAUGAAAAUCAUAAAUAUUAUAGUCUUUCAAAAAAAGUAUAGACUAACUUCUUCUCAAAUUGUUUUUCGUUAACAAUGGUUUAUAAUUAAACAACUAUAUGUAUUUUACCUUCUCUACUUCCCAAUAUAUCAGUAGUACACCAAUCUCCAGUACCAGCUCUUUUUGAUUAUUUCACAUUAACUAUCGCUCUACUAAUUACGAACUCAAUGAACCAAUUAUCUGCCUUAUGUCUACUGUCAAUUACAACCCUUACUUCUUUUGUUCUUAAUAUUUUUCGUAUUUUAAACCAACACUUUUCUCUUCUUCGCACUCAUGCUUAACUUGUAAUUUAAUGUGAUUUGAAUAACUUGUAAUUAUGUUGAUGGGUGGACACAAACCUGUUAUUAUAAAUAAAUAAAUAAAUAAAUUUCUUCAAAAACUGAAAUUAGGUGUAGACUAUAAAUGUGGCAGGUAGAGAAAUAGGUAGGUACAUACCUAAAUGUUUCUAUGUAUAGUUCUGCACUGUUUAUCUGGAAAUUAAUGUUAUUUUCUUUGGUUUUUUGAAUUUAAAUAAUUAAUUAUUUUAAUAAUAUGUAGAUGAAUAUUUACAACAAUUUAAGUGCAAUAUUUAAAAAGUUCUAAACAUUUUUAUAGAUAGGUACAUUAUGAGUACUUUAAGUUAAGAUUCAAAGUGUAAAAUAUUUAGACCUCUCAACAGUAUUUUAUCCAGGGUCUUACAAUCCCUACAUAUUAUUCAAGUAAGUUAUUUAGCUGUGAAAUUUAAAGUAUACUUAAGUUUUGUGAUAAUGUAUUAUUGUUUAUAAUUCUGAUAAUAAACUUACUCGUGUGGACUAUUUUCAUUAAUUACCUAUUUUAUGAGCAAAGUAUACCAGGGGUUUUAUUAUAUUAUUUUAUUUAGAUUUGGACAGUUUUAACUAAGCGUCAAGAGAUGGCAUUAUUGAUGUGGCAACAUGGCGAAGAAGCUCUAGUUAAAUCACUUGCUGCUUGUAAGCUUUACAAAGCUAUGGCACACGAAGCAGCAGAAGAUGAUUUGGAAACAGAAAUAUAUGAUGAGCUACGAAAUUAUGCCAAAGUUUUUGAAGACAUCUGUAUGUACAUGUAUAAAUAGUAUUAAUUUUCAAGUAUAAAAUUAAGUUAUUAUUUUAGCACUUGAGUUAUUGGAUUAUUGUUAUCGCCAAGAUGAUGAUCAGGCUCAACAGCUGCUAACAGUUGAAUUGCAAAAUUGGAGUGGUCAAACGUGCCUUAGUUUAGCAGUAGCUGCAAAUCAUAGAGCUUUACUUGCUCAUCCUUGCAGUCAAAUUAUACUUGCUGAUUUGUGGAUGGGAGGUCUUAGAACUAGAAAAAAUACCAACAUAAGGGUAUCAAUGUCAUAAUAAUAAUUGUAACAUUAAGACUUUUUAAACUAUUAUUUUGAUUUUAGAUUUUAUUAGGAUUGUUGUUUCCGCCAUACAUAUCUAGACUAGAGUUUAAGUCUAGAAAAGAAUUGCAGUCAAUGCCCCAAACUGAAGAAGAACAUUUAUAUGGAUUGGAAUUGGAAGAAGAAACUGAAAGUGUUGAAGAUGGUGGUGUACAUAGAUCACAUUUAAAUCUUGUGGAAACUAAUUUAGAUGUAUGAAUUAAUAUAAUUUAAUACAAUUUCACCCGAAUUCUAAUAUUGAUUGAUUACACAAUUUUAGGGUGUACCAUCAGCUGCAGAUGUUGAUACAACUGAGAAUGGUACAAUGUUGCAAAAUGUUUCAAUUUCAAUUGAUACUACUAAACAUUCUGAUUAUGAACAUAUUAAAUGUGUUAAUCCUACAUAUGAGUAUAGUGUCUUUGAUUUGAAAAGGCGACCAUUGCCUAUGCGGCGUAAAAUUAUUGAAUUUUACACUGCACCGAUAACAAAGUUUUUAGCAAAUUCCGUUAGUAAAACUAAUACUUAAUAAUAUUUUACAUCAUAAUUAAUUUAAAUUAAUUUUGCAGGCUGCAUAUUUUGUUUUUUUGGUACUGUUCACAUAUGUUGUACUUGUUCGUAUGGAAAAAACUCCAUCUUGGCAAGAAUUGUAUGUUAUUGCAUAUAUAUGCACAUUUGGUUGUGAGAAAAUUAGAGAAAUAGUUUCUUCUGAGCCCACGAGUAUCAGGUAGUGUUUAUAAUUAUCUUUAUGUAAAUUUUGUUAUCAUAUUUUUUUUAAUUUUAUUUGUUUUAGUGAUAAAUUUUCUGUUUGGGCUUGGAAUAUGUGGAAUCCGUGUGAUGCUGCUGCAAUAAUAUUUUUUUUAAGUGGUCUAUGUUUAAGGUUACAACCGUCAUCUCAGACAAUUGGCCGUGUUAUGUUUUGUACAGAUAUAAUCUAUUGGUAUUUGCGAAUUCUUAACAUACUUGGCGUAAACAAAUAUCUUGGUUAGAAAUGAUUAAACAAUUGAAAUAUUCUAUAAUACUAUUUAAUAUUUAUUCAUCUUUAUAUCUCAGGACCACUAGUUACAAUGAUGGGUAAAAUGAUAAAAAACAUGCUUUACUUUGUGGUUCUUUUGCUUGUUGUACUUAUGAGUUUUGGAGUAAGCAGACAAGCAAUUUUGUUUCCAGAUGCUGAUCCCGAUUGGAUUUUAAUACGACAAAUAUUUUUACAGCCAUAUUUUAUGUUAUAUGGAGAAGUAUAAAUAUAUUUAUUAUUUUUGUACUUUAUAUUACUUAGACAUAGGUAUCUAUUUUAAUAUAAUAUUUUUAGGUGUACGCAGAUCAAAUAUAUCCAGAGUGUGAUGAAUCAAGUGGUAUGUCACAUUGUCAAACUGGUCGAUGGAUUACACCAUUAGUAAUGGCCAUGUACUUAUUAGUUGCCAAUAUUUUACUUAUAAAUCUCUUGAUUGCAGUUUUCAAUAACAUUUUUAAUGAUAUCAACGCUAUAUCACAUCAGGUAAUUGUAAUUGUAAAUGUUCGCUUUAAUUAAUAAACAAUAGUUAAUAUUAAAACAACUUAAAAUUGCUGAUAAGUGUGUGCAAGUUUAAUUAAUUUAAUUAUGCCCACAAUAAUUAUUAUUGCCCUUCCAACACAAUGCUGUGUAGUAAGUAAAAUGCAAAUAAGAAGUAUAUUUUAGAAUGUUCAACAGUUAACUAAUUUGUUCUGGCUUAAAAACUUAUAAUACUCUAUAGGUAUAACUAUAAUUUUUAAAACGAAAAGAUAAAAUACUUGUGUUUACAUUAAAAUUUUCUGUUUAAAAUGUUUUAUAUAUAAUAUAAUAUAAUAUUAUUGUAAAAAUGCAAGUAUUUUUAUUUAUUUGCUAUUUUUAAUUUGUAUGAUUUUUAUAUUCUAUUGCAAAAAUUAUUUGUACAAAUAUUCAAUGUUUCAAUGGUUUCAAUAUCAUAUAUUAUUUAUAAUGAAAAUGUGUUAAAUAUAGUUGAAAAAUAGUUUUUACCGAAUACAAUUUUUUUUUAUUAUUAUUAUCAUUAAUUCAAUAUUUUAUGUAAUUUUUAUAUUCAUAUAAAUUAUUAUUAAAUUAAAUGUUAAAAAAAAUUAAUUUAAUAAAAUCAAAAAACCUGAUUAUGUAAAAAGGCAACUAAUUCUUCAUUGGUUUAAAAUGGCCAGGGUUAUCAGCCUUUAAGGUGCUAUUGAAAUUUGUGAAGUUGUAAGUUAAGGAAGAAACAUGUAAAUACCAUCGUAUUAUAGAACAAUGCAAAAUGAAUGUGUUUCAAACAUUAAACCAAUUACAAAGUCAUUUUCAAGCCCUUUUAAUUAUUAGUAAUACAGAUAUAUAAUAUAUGUUUAAUUUCGGACCAUUGAAUUCAUUUUUUUAUAUGUCACCUAGUCUAUGUUACUGGAGUAUUAUAAUGAUUCUAACGGUACCCCACACACUUUAAAAUAAGGUUAAUCAUUUAGAAAUUAUGAUGAAACAAAGAAACACACUUAUAUAGAAUAGAUUACACGAUCCAAAACAUAAUACCCUCUUCGCAAUUAGUUAAUAAAUGUAUAUUUUUCAUUUUAUUUUUUGUUUUUAGGUAUGGAUGUUUCAGAGAUUUACUGUUGUUAUGGAAUAUGAACAAAAGCCAUCACUUCCUCCUCCAUUAAUAUUUUUUUGUCAUGUAUUUCUAUUAACUAAGUAUCUAUGUCGCAAAAUUCAAGGCAUUCAAGAGACUUAUGAUAAUGGAUUAAAGUUAUUUUUAUGUAAUGAGGAAUUAGAACAGCUUUAUGAUUUUGAAGAAGAAUGUGUUGAAGGUUAUUUUCGCGAAAAGGAUUUCAAAUUACAGAUGUCUAUAGAAGAACGAAUUAAAAUGUCUUUAGAGAAAAUGGAAAAUAUUCAACAAAAAGUAGAUGACAUAAAUCAAAAAGAAAACACAUACAGUUCAUCUGUACAAGUAUGAUAAAUUUAAAUGUUUUUGUUUGAUGGAAUUGAGUCACUUCAAUUUAUAUUUUUUUAGGGUUUAGAAUUUCGUCUUCGUAAUAUAGAAGGUUUAAUGGAUCAAACAUUAUCUACUUUAGGUGUUAUACACCGAUUUAUGGCUACACAAAAUGGUGACCAUGACAGUGGUAGUAGUAGUGAUAAUGCUCAAAAAAGAAGUAAUUCAUACGAACCAGAUUUUGAUUCUGAUCAAAAAAUUGUCCCUGUAUCUGGUAGAACACGGUGUAUUAGUGAGCGCUCAGAUUUAUUAUCAGAUAUAUCAGAUAUGACAUCUGUAUGUAAUAAAAAAAAAAAAUAUUCAUUUAAUGAGAAACGCCCUCCAAAUUUUUCUGAUAGUAACUUUUACCUUUCACAAUGUGGAUCCUCAUUCAAUGAUAAACCUACUGUUAAUGAACUGUACAGUUAUGAAUGUCGCCGAAUGUCAGAAAACUCUGCUAGAGCAAUGGAUAGAAAAUAUGAUACUGAAAGCACUUUAUCACCAGAUUUUAACAGCAAAGAAACAAAUGACAUUGAUAUUAGUGAGGUUGAUUAUAAAGGUGGCAGUAGUGAUCAAACUAUUGCUAGAUCAAGUACAGACCGUACAGUCUUUGUUGAACCAUUUAUCUCAGUUUUGCCGCCAACCCCUACUAGACAAGUCUUUUCAAGGUACAUAUUUUAAUAUAGCAUAUAAUAUAUUAGUACUUAAUCAGUAAAUGUAAUAACUUAAAUAAUUUAUAUUGAUAAAUAAGGUUAGACAAAAUUGUUCUUUUAUUUUACAUUUCAAAUAUUUUUAAUUCUAAUAAAUUUAGUUUUUGGAAAAUAAAUUAUAUUAAUAUGAUUAUUUAGUUUAUAACAUAGGAUAAUAUUAUGCACUGAUAAUUUUAUUAUUAUUUAAAUUAGUUUAUUAUCACCACACUGCGAUCUUUCACCUAAUCGAGGAAACACUCCUGUACGCCGUUCUAGACAUGCCUCAGAAAUGUCAAAUACAGAAAUUGUUAGGUACUUAGAAAUGGAACAUCUUAAGAAUGCUGAAGAUGAUGAUUAUCUCACAAUGGGAGGCCUGAUCAAACAACAUAGACCCCAGAUGUCUCAUACAAUUGAUAUACCAAGACUUACAAACACUCAUAGUGAUCACGUUAGUAAUCUGUAUUUAAUUUGAAGUUUAGUUGUUUAACAGUAAUUAUAAAUUUGUUUAUAAUUUUAGAUGAUUCAACUAAAUACACGUACAGAUAUUGUUCCAAAUGAACAACAUUCUAACACCAAUAUUAAAACCAAAAAUAUAACAUCCAUUAAUCCGCUCAAUACAAUGUCUUCCAAACAUUUUGAUUAAAAAAUAAUUAUAUAUAUAUACCAACUAUGGCAAUAAUGUAGUGAGUAGGGUAUUUUAUGUGCAUUAAUUAUACUAUAUUUCUUUCAUCAAUUAUAAAAGUAAAAUUUAUUCCCUCAAAAUUAAUAACUAACCUAAAUUGGCAAUUGGUAAGCUUAUUCUUAUUAUAUAUUAUAUACAUUUUUUUUUUAUUAUUAUUAUUAUUGCUAAAAUAAUAAUUGUAUAAUUAUAUCAAUAGUUACCCUAUCUAUUCCACUUUUCUUUAUUUUGUAUGUAUUGACAGCCAGUAGUUUAAUGGAUUCAAAACAAAUUUUAAAUUAAGUUAUAUUUUAAUUUUAGUUAUUACUUAUUUCUCCUGUGCACAAUCAAUUUUAGAAUAUUUAAAUUCUCUGUUUUUUAAUUUAUAGGC